AUGCUGGGAUUCAUAUCAGACUGGUUCCAGGGUGUCUGGGAGUCGGACACCUUCUCAGACGUCCGGCGGAUGAACAAACGUCAAGUUUAUUACCAGUUUCUUAACUUUGCGAUGAUUGUGUCCUCCGCUCUUAUGGUCUGGAAAGGUCUUUUCGUCUUAUCUGGAACAGAGUCGCCUAUUGUCGUUGUUUUGUCUGGCUCGAUGGAACCUGCCUUUUAUCGAGGCGACUUACUUUUUCUGUAUCACGACCGAAAGGAACCAAUUGAUGCCGGCGAGAUUGUUGUCUUCAAAAUAGAGGGUAGAGAUAUUCCGAUUGUGCACAGAGUCCUGAAACGUCACGAAAACACAGAAACUGGCGAAGUCAAGCUUCUUACCAAGGGCGACAACAACAGUGUUGAUGAUCGAGCUCUCUACAAUCGAGGCCAAAUGUGGAUCCGGCCGAAGGACGUCGUCGGACGAGCAAAAGCGAUGGCUCCGUAUGUCGGAAUGGUCACUAUUAUAAUGAAUGACUAUCCGAAGAUCAAGUGGGCCGUUUUAGCCAUAUUAACUGCGCUCACUCUUCUUAAUAGAGAAGCGCAAUCCUACCUUUAA